AUGCCCUCCUUGUCCACCUCCUUGGGGUCACCUACCAGCUGUCCUGGAUGUACGGCUUCCAGGCUUGCAAGCGAGCAGGAUGAGAAGGUUGGGACCCUCAGGCUCUGCCAGGGGCCAGAGGAGGCCAAGCAGGUGCAGAACUUUGCAGUCUGGUGUCCCCAGAACACCAUGAAGAAGCGCUUGGUCCUGAAGGCUGAGUCCAGUCGGGUUGUGCAAUCAGAUCCAUCUAAGGUGGCGACUGUGGAACCGGAAACCACCCCUACUCCUAAUCCCCCACCUACAGAAGAAGAGAAAACAGAAUCUAAUCAGGAGGUUGCUAACCCAGAACACUAUAUUAAACAUCUUUUACAGAACAGAUGGACACUCUGUUUUUUUAAACAUAUGGAUAAUAUGUUUUUAAAAAAUGAUAAAAGCAAAACUUGGCAAGCAAACCUUUGGCUGAUCUCUAAGUUUGAUACUGUUGAAGACUUUUGGGCUCUGUACAACCAUAUCCAGUUGUCUAGUAAUUUAAUGCCUGGUUGUGACUACUCACUUUUUAAGGAUGGUAUUGAGCCUAUGUGGGAAGAUGAGGAAAACAAACGAGGAGGAUGAUGGCUAAUUACAUUGAACAAACAGCAGAGACGAAGUGACCUCGAUUGCUUUUGGCUAGAGACACUGCUAUGCCUUAUUGGAGAGUCUUUUGAUGACUACAGUGAUGAUGUAUGUGGAGCUGUGGUUAAUGUUAGAGCUAAAGAUGAUAAAAUAGCAAUAUGGACUACUGAAUGUGAAAACAGAGAAGCUGUUACACAUAUAGGGAAGGUAUACAAGGAAAGGUUAGGACUUCCUCCAAAGAUAGUGAUUGGUUAUCAGUCCCAUGCAGACACAGCUACUAAGAGAGGCUCCACCACUAAAAAUAGUUUUUUUGUUUAAGAAGACACCUUCUGAGUAUUCUCAUAGGAGACUGCAUCAAGCAAUCGAGAUUUGGGAGCUGAACCAAAGACUUCAAAAGCAGAGUGGACUGCAUUUAAAUUUGAUUUCCAUCUAAAUGUUGCUAAGAUAUAAGAGAAGUCUCA